AUGCUAUUAUACAGGCGGACAGUUAUUUCUGGAGGAUUACUCAUCCCAGCUCCUGUGUCGGUCGCCAUCUUCGAAAACCAAGUGUUCUUUGCUGACAUCACAAGGCUGGGGGUAAUGCGUGUGGACAAGAACGACGACUCUGUGCAACCCAAGUCCUUACAGCAGACGUACAAGAUGGAUGUGGGGGUACCGACUGCUGUUUUAGCAUUCCAUCAUUCUCUUUACAAGCUUACACAGAGAGGUCAGAUCCUUAAGUGUCAUUCAGCUAUGAUCAAUAAACAAUAUGUACCGAGUCAGUUAAAGCCAUUUUAAGACUCGAUCAAGGUUCUUGAUUUACAAUACAAUGGGCAUUAAUUUUUUGACACAGUAGCUUUUUUUUUUUUUUUUUUUUUUUUUUUUUGCAUAAAUAAAAGAGUUUACCUAGUGGUGGAAGGGAUUUAAGGGUGGAAGGGAUUUAAGGGUGGAAGGGAUUUGAGGGUGGAAGGGAUUUGAGGGUGGAAGGGAUUUGAGGGUGGAAGGGAUUUGAGGGUGGAAGGUAGGGUGUUGGACAUAAUAAACACACCUGGUGUGAAACUUUUUGGGCAUAUCAGAAAUGUAACUCUGAUGUGUGUUGAGUACAUCUUGAGCUCCCCACACUUCAACUAACUAUACAAGUGUGGAUGAGUUGCAUGAUUUGACUUUGUUAUCUCUCUGGUGCUUCUGACUUUGUUAAAAAAUGUCUCCACCUGUCAUAACUUUGUCAUUUCAGUUAAUAUUUUUGGUGUUCUUUUUCUUACAAAUCAUUUUGUAAAUUCUAUUUGAAGGCUUCACUAACUUGUCAGUGCUUCAAAUUUUGAACAUGUAUUGUUAUCGUCUAAUCAAUGAUCCUAUAAUUAUGUCUGACUUCAGCCAGCAACCCCUGCACCAACAGCCCCUGCCAGCACAUCUGUGCCCUGUCUCACACAGCAGACAACAGCGGACUGGGCUACAGGUGCUUGUGUAAGGCAGGUUAUGAGCUGGACUACAAUCUUAAUAACUGCACAA